AUGACAAUAAUACAAACUAAUCUGCAGAAUAUAAACCAUUCCAUGGAUCGCUAUGUGAAACGGAAAGGCACUCAGAAGAAAAGUGCAACAUACAGCAAAAAAUCAAAAUACCUGCUCUCCGCCCCAUUUCCAUUUAAAAAGAAGUUCGAUUUCGGCAAAUAUUCCAAAUCACAUGAUAAAUAUUACGAAAAUAGGAGCGACAACAGUUAUCCAAUCUGCACCCAAUUGUUCGCCGGGUUUUCGUUUUAUUUUGACGGAUUUCUUGGGGAAAAGACGCGUUUGGAACUCGUGGAACUCGUUCGGGCACAUGGUGGAGACGUAGAGCAUUUCUAUUCUCGCUCUCGCGUUGGUAUUAUUAUUGCAAAGAAUGUCUGCUAUUCAAAGGAGCAGCAAUAUUUGAAAAAACCCUCUCUCCGUGUUUUGGACCCUCAGUGGAUUUUGGACUCAAUCGAGAACAAGUCACUGCAGCCAUUCUCCAAAUACUCUAUUAUUCGAGACAAGAAAUCGUGUAUUGACUCAUAUCUUCAAUCCAAAGAGAGCAAAAACAGAGAAUAG